AUGACAGUGUUAAAGGCGGAGCUGCAAUCAAUGAGCAGCAACCUGAUUGGGGUGAAGGUGCUGUUAGAGGCCGGUGCUGACCCCAACCUGGGAGAUGAGUUCAGAAACGUGUACGAGACAUCGAGGGAGAAGCGAGUCCACUCCUUGGAAGUGCUGGUGAGCAGGGAGGACGAGUUCAGCAACCGGCUGAAUACUCGUGCCAGUUUCCGAGGCUGCAGCGCUCUGCACUACGCCGUGCUGGCAGACGACCUCCACACCGCCCAGCUGCUGCUUCACGCUGGUAAGCACGUCCCCCUCACGACAGAAUGAUCCUGGG